CCUAACCAGUUAAAAAUAGUGUCCAUGGGUAUCACUAUUACCUGUUUUGCUUUCAUUCUCUUGGUCCAACGUUGCAUCAUCAUCAAUGCGAAAUCGGUGCCCAAGUUCCCUGCCAUCCUCAUCUUUGGAGAUUCAACAGUUGAUACGGGUAACAACAAUUACAUAUCUACAAUAUUUCAAGGUAAUCAUUGUCCUUAUGGGGAAAACUUUCCUGGGCGGAUUCCCACAGGAAGAUUUUCAGAUGGGAAACUCGUACCUGACUUUUUGGCAUCUAUGUUAGGCAUCAAAGAAUAUAUUCCUCCUUUCCUACAACCAGAUCUAUCAAACCAUGAUCUUUUAACUGGGGUCAGCUUUGCAUCUGCUGGCUCUGGAUAUGAUGACCUAACCACAACAACAACUAAAGUAAUCCCUAUGUCCGAUCAAAUAAAAUAUUUUGAGCAAUACAUACUGAAACUCCAACUAAUUAUUGGAGAAGAGAAAGCUCAAAAACUCGUCAGUGGUGCUUUGGUUGUUGUAAGUGCAGGGACUAACGAUUUCAUAUUUAAUUUCUAUGAUAUCCCAACAAGGAGACAUCAAUAUAAUAUAACAGGAUAUCAAGAUUUUUUGCAGAGUCUACUCCAAAACUUUGUUGAGGAUCUAUAUAAUCUUGGUGUUCGGAACAUGCUUGUUGCUGGGCUUCCUCCUGUUGGUUGUCUUCCAAUACAAAUAACUGCAAAGUCCCCAUUUCUGAGAAAGUGCAUUAAAGAGGAGAAUUUUGAUGCUCAAUCCUAUAAUGUCAAACUUGCAACAUUGCUAAAACAAAUACAAGACGCACUUUUAGGAAGCAAUGUCUUGUAUUCAGAUUCAUAUCAUCCCUUUAUGCAUAUGAUCAACCAUCCAAAAAAAUAUGGAUUUCUGAAAACUAGACGUGGUUGUUGUGGCAGUGGCACAUAUGAAGCAGGUCCAUUCUGUAAUAAACACCGUCCUGUCUGCAAAAAUGCUUCUGAAUACUUGUUUUGGGACAGUAUACAUCCUGGUGAAUCGGCCUACCAACAUCUUUCCAAUAUGGCAAUGAAGAAACUUCGGCAUCACAAAUUAUCCCAUAGCAAAAUUCAUUAA